AUGAGGCAGCGGCGGCGGCGGUAGCAGCAGCCUCUGCCCGCCUUGCUCCGCACACCGCUGCCGCCGGGAGCUGUGUUGCGCGCGGAGGGCCGGCGCCGCGGCGGGGAUGCGGCUGCGCUGGUGCUGCUGGGGGCCGGCGGCGCCGCCGCUGCUGCUGGCGCUGCUGCUGGGGCUGGGCAGCCCGGUCGCCGCCAAAGGCAGUGAACAAGCACAAGCCCUGGAUUGAGACGUCGUACCAUGGAAUCAUAACUGAAAACAAUGAUACUGUAAUCCUGGAUCCUCCCCUUGUUGCUUUGGAUAAAGAUGCACCUGUUCCAUUUGCAGGUGAAAUCUGUGCUUUUAAAAUCCACGGACAAGAAAUGCCCUUUGAAGCUGUUGUACUAAACAAGACAUCUGGAGAAGGUCGCCUUCAAGCAAAAAGUCCUGUUGACUGUGAACUGCAGAAGGAAUACACAUUCAUCAUCCAGGCCUAUGACUGUGGAUCAGGACCAGGUGGAAGAAACUGGAAGAAAUCUCACAAGGCAGUGGUCCAUAUCCAGGUAAAGGAUGUCAAUGAGUUUUCACCAGCUUUCAAGGAGAGUGUGUAUAAGGCCACUGUGACAGAGGGGAAGAUCUAUGACAGCAUACUGCAGGUAGAAGCCAUAGAUGAGGACUGUUCUCCACAAUAUAGCCAGAUCUGCAAUUAUGAAAUUGUCACAACUGAUGUACCGUUUGCCAUUGACAGAAAUGGUAACAUCAGAAACACUGAGAAACUGAACUAUGACAACCAGCACCAGUAUGAGAUAAAGGUAACAGCUUUUGACUGUGGGCAAAAACAUGCAACGGAAGAUGUCUUAGUGCGAGUUAACGUCAAACCAGUGUGCAAACCUGGCUGGCAAGACUGGAACAAACGGAUUGAAUACAAGCCUGGUUCUGGCAGCAAACCUUUGUUUCCUGGCAUUCAUCUAGAAACCUGUGAUGGACCAGUGUCUUCAAUACACACCACCAUUGAAUUACACACUAACUACAUUGGAAAGGGCUGUGAUCGUGAAACAUACUCAGAAAAAUCUCUCCAGAAACUGUGUGGAGCUUCCUCAGGUGCCAUUGACCUGUUACCAUCUCCCAGUGCAACAACUAACUGGACAGCUGGGCUUCUCAUGGAUAAUAAUGACAUGAUUUUUAAAUUUGAUGGAAAGCAAGGAGCCAAAAUCCCAGAUGGAAUAGUACCGAAGAAUUUAACUGAUCAAUUCACCAUCACUCUGUGGAUGAAACAUGGACCUAGUCCAGGACUAAGAGCUGAGAAAGAGACUAUUCUCUGCAACUCUGACAAGACAGAGAUGAACCGGCAUCACUAUGCCCUGUAUGUGCACAACUGCCGAUUGGUGUUCCUGUUGCGCAAAGACUUUGAUCAGGCUGACACCUUCCGUCCCGCAGAGUUCCACUGGAAACUGGAUCAGAUUUGUGAUAAAGAAUGGCAUUAUUACGUUGUCAAUGUUGAAUUUCCUGUUGUUACAUUAUACACGGAUGGAACAACGUAUGAACCUUACCUUGUGACCAAUGACUGGCCUAUCCACCCUUCCCACAUAGCCAUGCAGCUCACAGUUGGUGCUUGUUGGCAAGGAGGUGAAGUCACCAAGCCAAGAUUUGCUCAGUAUUUCCAUGGCAGCCUUGCCAGUCUCACUAUCCGGCCAGGAAAAAUUGAGAGUCAGAAAGUGAUUUCCUGUUUGCAGGCCUGCAAGGAAGGUCUGGAUAUUAACUCUCUUGAGAGUCUUGGACAAGGAAUAAAGUAUCACUUCAACCCUUCCCAGUCAGUCCUUGUCGUGGAAGGAGAUGACACUGAGAUUAUAAAUCAAGCUCUCCGAAAGGUCUCAUAUAUCAACUCUAGACAGUUUCCUACUGCAGGCGUACGACGUCUCAAAGUCUCAUCCAAAGUCCAAUGUUUUGGUGAAGAUGUCUGCAUUAGUAUCCCAGAUAUAGAUGCCUAUGUAAUGGUGUUUCAGGCCAAUGAGCCCAAGAUUACAAUAAGUGGGACGGACCACUUUGCUAGACCAGCUGCACAAUUUGAAAGUGAAAGAGGUAUUACUUUGUUACCUGACAUCAGAAUUGUCAGCACAGUCACUAAAAUGGAGCAUCCAGUGGAUGAACAUGACAGAGCUAAUAAACCAGUGGUUUUAGAGGAAAUGCUGCACAACUUGGAUUUCUGUGAUGUUUUGGUGAUUGGCACAGAACUAGAUCCUGAACAAGAGUGCUUAGAACUAGAUCAUGUGGAUCUCCAGGGAAGACAUCUAGAUGCCACAAAUUCCACAGCAGGAUAUUCAGUCUAUGGUGUGGACAGUAUGAACAACUAUGAACAGGUUCUUCGGCAGAUUCGCUAUCGUAACUGGGACACUUCUGCCACCUUUGACAGAAAGUUCAGAGUUAAGUGCUCAGAGCUGAAUGGACGUUACACUAGCAAUGAAUUUAACGUGGAGGUUAAUAUUCUACACAGCUCCAACUCCAAUUUCAUGGACCACGUAAACAAUAUGAUAAUACAACCACAGUUUCUCCAAUCUGUCCACCACCCAGAGGGAAGCACAAGUGCUGUUCACAACUCAGUUGUUCCAAGUGUGGCUACUAUCGUUAUUAUAAUCUGUGUGAGCAUACUCAUUUUCAUCAUAACCUUGGGGGUCUAUCGAAUUCGGACAGCUCAUCAGCACAGCUCUGCAGACAAUGAAGGAAGUAAAGAAAAUGAAAUGGAUUGGGAUGAUUCUGCUCUGACUAUUACUGUCAACCCCAUGGAGAAAUAUGAAAAGCCUCAUCAGACAGAAGAGGAAAGUGAUGAAGAUAUGGAAGAUGAAGAGGAAGACACAACCAGUGCUGAAUCUGAUGAAAGUGAAGACGAGGAGGAAGAUGAGGAGGAGGAAGAGGAAGUGAUUGUCCAGAAGAUAGAUAAACAGAAGGUCACCAGGCAAGAGCAGCUGGAGUGGGAUGAUUCAACACUCCCAUACUAACAGCUCUACAGCCACGUUGCUCUUUAGUAACACCCAAUACAGUGUUUUUUCUGAGUCUGUUAAUUGACAGGAUUUGAACUUCUGCUUGCCUAUAACUGUUUUGCCUAAAAUUAUCCUGUAGUAAUUUGUAAUGGUAGAACUGACCCUUUUGUUACAAAGCCUGGAGAAACCAUGGUACAAACAUAACUGGCAUCACCAGUAAUAAAGUAAUCUAGAACUUGA